AUGGCAAACAACAUAAGAGAGGACACUAAGAAUGAUUAUGGCAUUGAGUUGUCAUAUGGAAAAGCUUGGAGAUGCCGAGAGAAGGCUAUUUCUUAUGUCAGAGGGACACUGGAAGCAUCCUACCAGAAGUUACCAUCAGUUAGUAGAAGAGGGUUUUGUACAUGUCGUCCUGUGUUAUGUAUGGACGGCACUUUUUUAAAGACAAAAUACGGUGGGCAGAUGUUAUGUGCAGUCGCGCUAGAUGCAAAUAACCAUCUAUAUCCAGUUGCAUUUGGUAUUGUGGAUAGUGAGAAUCAUGAUUCUUGGAAGUAUUUCAUGUCAAAGCUAAAGGAAGCGAUUGGGGAAGUCAAGGACCUGGCGUUUGUAUCUGACAGGCAUGCAAGUAUUACACAUGCCUUGGAAACUAUUUUCCCCGAUGCCUAUCAUGGUGCUUGCUACCACCACAUUAGUAUGAAUGUGGUUGCUAAAUUCAAGACUGAUCAUUGUAAUGUGUUGAUGUAUAAUGCAGCAUAUGAUUUUAGGAAAUCCGAGUUCCAUGCUAACUUCGAAAAAAUAAAAUCAAAAGACCCAGCCAUUGCUCAAUACCUAGAAGGCAUGGGUUUUGAUAAGUGGUCCCGUGCUUACUUUCCUGGAAAUAGGUAUAAUAUAAUGACAAGCAAUUACGUUGAAAGUUUCAACAAUAAGACCCGGGACGCUAGGAGCUUUCUGAUAACUACAUUCGUCGAAUUUAUUCGCUUCACACUACAGUCCUGGUUCUGUGAUAGGAGAGAAACUAGCGAGAAGACAACUACAACUCUUGCACCGACCUAUGAGAAAAAUUUGGUGGAUAUGGCUGAGAAAGCUCGAUUCUUGAUUUCUUAUGCAAUAGGGAGGCAUGAGUUCCAUGUGUUAGAUGAAUCUAUAUAUCCUACUGGUAAUGAGGAAGAGUGGAUUGUUCCACAUGACAUUAUGACAAUAAAAGUGAGAACACCUGCGCAGAAAAACCCGAUUGGUCAUCCAAAGAAGAAACAAGGUAGGCCUAAGACGAAACGCCAUCCUUCCAAUGGAGAUAAAUUGGUUGUACAAUGCAAGUGCAACACUUGUGGAGCUCUAGGCCAUAAUAGGGCAACUUGUAAAGUUUGUGUUUGA